GAACCCUAGUUGAUCUCUCUCUCUUCAACUCAUACACACCAUGGCUCUAAACAAAAUUUUUUCCACUUUUUUCAUCUUCACAGUGGCCAUUAUCAUUUUUUUACUAAAAAUCCAGUCUGCUGGAGGAAGACAAUUGUAUGUUGUUGGUAAACCUAACCCCAAAUAUGGUCCUCCUGCACCGCAAGCGCAUUCUCCCAUCCACCAUUAAUUUCUUCAGGUAAGAUUCUGAGAAAAAAUGGGUGAAGGCAUGGGAUUUGUUAUGUGAACGUAGGCCUGUGUUUAUGUAAUGUAUCUAUGUCCUAUGCAUGAAUUUAAAUACUUUGACUCAAUUUUCUAUGUGGAUUUUGAAGCUUCAAUGGCUGAUCAAAGGGCACAAAAUGCCCUCAGGAAUCUAAAGGAGUUUGCUACAUUCUUGCGAGUGUUGGGGAGCUAUCCAGUGGACACAACCAUGAUAUGAAUGAGCUGUUGAUAAUUUGCAUGCAGCAUUUGAAGUUUAGCCAUUUACCAAAAACAGGCAUUUGAAGUCUAGCCUUAACAUGUCUUUUUGCCGUUUCUGCUUGGUUUCAUGGAGGCAUCAAGUGGCAAGCAUAUUAUAAGCAUCAAUAUGCUCCACUUGGUGCAAUUUUGUCUCACCUUCUCUUUGUCAUUUGCAUGUAAUUUGUAGAAUUAUCUUCUCUGGUUUUCAUGUAAUGGAAGACUUUUUAGUCUUAAUUUGCGAAAAUCAAUUUGGAGACUACCA